ACAUUGACUCCUUACAACAACAAAAGUUGAGAGAAAAAACAAACGGAAUUUUUGGAAUUGGAACUUGGAAGUCAAGCAAAAUGUCGUCAAAUAAUCUUUGACAAUAUUUGAAAUCCUACGUUAUUAUAGUUCUUUCGUAAUUUAAAUUUAAUCAUAGUGUUUUUCUAUUUGUGUUGAAGCGAUUAUUUACUAUUUUUACUCAGUUAAACUCAGUGUACGAAGCUACCUAUACUUGUACUAAAUAUCAAAGAGAAUAUUCGUUGGGCGUAGAAAAGAAAAUGGCGUGCGCUACUCUGAAAAGAAAUUUGGAUUGGGAGUCCAUGGCUCAAUUGCCUGCUAAAAGGCGAAGAUGUGCACCAUUUGCAGCAAGUUCAAGUACUAGCCCUGGAAUUAAAGUGUCUGAAAGUAGGAGCUCAUCUUCAUUUGGAGAAAAUGUUUCAGCACCUGCGAAAUUAACCCCAGAACGCAUGGCACAAGAGAUAUGUGAUGAAAUCAAAAGACUACACAGGCGCCGCCAACUACGACUGACUACUGGUGCGCCGUGCUCAUCAUCCAGCGGCAGUGAAGGAGACUGCUCUCCUCCACACCGCUCUUCACACAACUCACAGAGAGUCCACAACCGUGCACUAUUCACUUUCAAACAGGUGCGCAUGAUCUGCGAGCGGAUGCUGAGCGAGCAGGAGGCGGCCCUGCGCGCCGAGUACGAGGCGGCUCUCAGCACCAAGCUGGCCGAGCAGUACGAGGCUUUCGUGCGCUUCAACUUGGAUCAGGUCCAGCGCAGACCGCCGCCGACCUGCAUGCCGCACAGCAUGGACGCGGACCACAUGCACCAGGACCUCGUGCCCAGCUAUCUGUCCUAAUAAUGGCGCAGUCGGCGAGUGCAGUUAUUGCUGCAAAUAUAUCAAGACAAACAUAUUUUGGUAUAUGUGAUCCAAUGCAGGAAAAUAUUGCUAAUAUGGUUUCCUGACAAAAUUAAGAUAUUGUGAUUGCUACGUGGAAUUUAGGACAGUCGAUAUUGAGAAUGUAUAAUACUAUAAAUAAGAGGAUGAAUUUAAACCCUUCAUACAAUACAUUAUUUUCAAAACAUCUUUUUUUAACCUGUUACAUACAAUACACACAAGCAAUAAUUUUUAUAAGAGAACAUGAUAUAUUUUUUACUACAGGCUUCUCAAUAUCGAUUUGCUAAGUUCCACAAGUUUGUUCAUGCCACAUAACAUAAAUUAGCUUGUAAUGCUUUAGAUAAGGUUUGCUGGAUAAUUGUGUUCAUAGACUGAGGAAGAAGUAGACGAUGGAUUGGCCAAGGUUCUUUAGCAGUUCUGUUUGUCAACUUAUCGGGUUGACUUGAUGAAAACAAUAACACCAUAACAAUUACUUGGAUUCUACCUUGUGUUAAACUAGUAUUUUGUAAUCUUUCUCAAUCUUUUGAGAACUCUAUAGUAGUUACUUACUAGUAGUACACAAAUAAUAAAUUCACGCAGAGUGCCUGUUGCAAAAUUGUAUUGUUCUCAGUUAUUUUUUUCUGCAAAUAUGUAGCCAUAAUUGGUAUAGUUAUUUUUAUUACUUACCUAGUGUCGAAUUAUACUUUAUAGGUUAAAUUAUUAUUUAAUUUGACGUGUUGGUUGUUAGUCUUGUAAUGUAACGACUGGAACAUAACCAUACGACAAAAUAUUCAACUUAUCGUAAGUUUUCUUUACUUGUAGAAACGUAUAUUUGUUAGUUUUCGAUUUGUAAAACUGUGCUUGCUUUCCAAAGCCGCUGAUCUUUUUCUGAUCAUCACAUUAAUUGCAGUACUUUUGGGUAUCUAAAGAGAUUCAUAUUAUAACUCUCCUUUCAAAUAAAAAGAAUCUGCUUCAUCUUUCUCAAUAAGCACUGUAUUUUUACUAAUCGAAAGCAUGUUCAAUAUUUAUAACUAUUUUCCCUGAUAAAUCGAAGGCUUGUUAGAGUAAUAUUUUAGCUUUAUUUAAUAAUAAAAAAAACUAGAUUUUCUCAAUAAUGUACUUUGACUACACUGUUCCUCAGUGUCCAACAACUACUCACAGUUACUCGACUGUAACGAAGAAGACAUGCAUUAUUGAAACUAUGUGUUUUUAUAAUAUUUAGUUUUAACUUUUUAUUGAAUUCAAGGAGAUCUAUGAUUGUUACCAAGCAUUAUUCAAUAAAAACUAGAAUAGGUUUUUUUAAAUUGUAUUAUCAGCUCAUUACUAGUAAGUUAUUGGCGUUAAGAACUGAAAAUAAAUUAGCUAAACUUAA